CGCAGCUCUGAGCUCAGCGGACGCUUCAUCACACCAGCCACUGAUGCCUUUCCAAGCAGAAGAAAGCAGAUCUGAGGCUUGUAGCUGAGGGUAAACCUCUGAGAAGCGGAUGAAGAAACAAAUCUUACUACGUUUCACAUACCGAGGACUAGUAAGAAAAGGGAAGAAGAGUAAAAGAAGAAAAUGGCCAGUUUUAUAUUACGGAAAGCCGAGCCCAAGGACGUGUCUGACAUACUGCGACUCAUAAAGGAACUGGCCAAAUUUGAGGAAAUGGAAGAUCAAGUUGUUCUCACUGAGAAAGAUCUGCUGGAGGACGGGUUUGGAGAUCAUCCGUUCUAUCACUGUAUCGUGGCUGAAGUGCCCAAACAGCAGCAGAGCGCCGACGGUCAUGUGAUCAUUGGCUUUGCCAUGUAUUAUUUCACCUAUGACCCCUGGAUUGGGAAACUGCUCUACUUGGAGGACUUCUACGUCAUGAAAGAGUUUCGGGGUUUUGGAAUUGGGUCUGAAAUCCUGAAGAAACUGAGUCAGUAUAUCGUGUACUCAGUCAGUUUUCUCCAAUCAUUGGCUGGUUUUCUGCAGACGGCGGUCAGGACUCGGUGCAGCAGCAUGCACUUCAUCGUGGCGGAGUGGAACAAAUCCUCCAUCGAGUUCUACAAGCGGCGUGGAGCGUCUGAUCUCUCGCUGGAGGAAGGGUGGAGGCUCUUCAAGAUCGACAAGCAGAACCUGCUCAAGAUGACCAAUGAGGAGUGAAGCGGAUGUCAGGAGACUGUUGCAGUCUGUGAUUGACCCUCUGGUGCUGGUGUUCACUGAAGUGGACAGAUCUUCAAAAGUCAUUUUGAAGCAUUCAGGGUGUGAUGUUACAUCCAAAACCUUUCAUUCUGACCCAUAAUUACAAUUCUCUCUACAUAAUUUUGAAAGAUUAUAUUCUUGUUUUGAAGUACAUUAAGAUAUUUUCUUUUCUUUUGUGAUUUAAUAAUUCAUGAAUCAGAGGCUUUCUGCCUGUCAUGCAAUGUAGUGAUGUAUAUAUAGACGCGGCAUAUUCACUUCUCUGUAUACUUCAAUCUUAAAUUAUUUUUAAAUAAAAUGUUUAAAAUAGAA